AUGAUGAAAUGGAGAGUUCAGGCCAAAACUCAUUCGAAGCAAUCGAUGAGACCCGAUGCCGGAACCGAUCUCCCCGAAGAUGAAAGGAAUAACCAAAUACGGACCAGCUGUUCCCUGGAUUUCUUGAAUGAAAUCCGAGGACAGAACAGUGACACACUCAGCAGCAGCGUCAGCUUCAAUCCGGGCGGAGUCUUUGACCAGGGAGGGAACAAGCUUUCACCCGUGACACCUCCGCCAAGACAUCGGUACAUCUCUCCGGAGAGACGCCAAAAAGCCGGACAGUCUACGCCGUCUUCGGUUGCCAGUACACCCACGCCGGCGAAGGCCGUUUUCAUCCUGCAGAAGUCAGACAGUCGAGAAAGUGUCCAUAUCGACGUGAGCAUCAUAAACGAUGGAAUCAACCCUCACCAAACCUUGGGGUCGAACGUCACGAGCACCACGACACUCCCAUCGAUUCGGAGCACGGAGGUUGGCGAUGACGAGACCCCCGCGGAUAACUUCAAGUUCUCGCGAACAAGGAGUAUGCGAGGCCCAAAGGGUCUGCGGAUCUCGAAGCUGUUCCAGCAAGGCAAAGAACAGAACAUCGGUGAUAGCACCGCGGCCCUAACGUUCUCUUCCGAGGACGAAGGCAAGGGGAAUUCAGAUCAAUCGGAGUCUCCCCCUCCGCUGCCCCCACGCCGUCAUCGUUCGAGACCCGGGACCGCUAUGUCUUACCGGAGUGGUCAGAAACACACGGAUACGAAUUCGAUUUCGAGUGAAGAGUCGUUCCCGUCGAUUCCGUGUCUAGCCACCGAUCUGCACAAACUACGAGUUUCCGGAGAUGUUGUGCCACCCAUGGUGCCCCCGAAGAGCCCUCUGGUCACCCGGAUCGAAGUCACUGGCGAACCUGUUAAACCCACUGUGAUAUCAACCGAAACCGCUCACUCGCGCAGCCGUUCCGAGGUCCUCUGCGGAAGCAGUGACCGGAGACCUUCGCCGGUCAAAAAGAACAUUCGGACGAAGAGUUCAGAUAACAUCAUCCGCCGGCGAAACCAAACGAAGAAAAGCGAUUCUUCCGAUUCGGUUGACGAGGGCAUCGUCGUAUCGACACCGCCGAAGACACGGAGUCAGUCGGCCGGCAGAACCCGCAAACUCUCGGAGGAAAUCGAAUGCUACAAUGUAUAUAAUGUGCGUACGGGGAAAAUCACCACAAGCGUCCAAAAGCCGACCGACGUCAACGGUUCGACUCUGACGAAACGUUCCGAUCGACAUCAAAAUUGUAAAAAGUGUAUCCACGCUACGAAAAGCUGAAGCCAGGCACGCAGAGGAGAUCACAUUCAAAGUCAACCGAUGGAGCAGGAGCUCAAGAAUAGGUGCAAGCAACGCCGAAAGGGAAAAUAAUUGUUUUUCUCUUCGAGAGUAUUUAUUCGGUUCGAUUCGGAGCUAUUCCAACA